CCCCAACCAAGAUAACCCGUGACCAGGGUAUCAAUUGACCAUGACGACCAAAUCUAAAGAUGUCGAGCUGUCCGACGACAUCCAAUGGAUCGAAACUCCCGCCCAGGCUCCUCCCAAGUUUGAAACCGGCGAGAGCUGUGGAAUCGCCCUGACCAAUGCCAAAAGCAUCAACAAUCCUCCCCUGCCAGCAGAUGGUCCUGGAAAUGAGAGCUUCUCCAACCUCCUGUUGGGCGGCGCCAUCAUCGGAGUCCCCGGGCUUCUGACCUACCUGCUCGGUGGUGGAAAGAAAACCUUCAUUUUCUUCACUCUCGUAACCGUUCUCCCUGUUCUCGUGGCCUUCUGGACCUACACCUCGACCUUCAGCCCCCGCACCAACGAGAAAGUCAAGCUCCCCGGCCGCCCCGUUGAGCACUACAUUACCUUCAAGCGCGACGAAGACCGUGCGAAAUGGAGCGGACGCAACAAGAUCCCCAUGCAGACCUUUUCGGAAAUGUACCUGGACGGCCUGGUUGACUUCAAUGGCGAUGUGCUCGAGAUCCUGGAAUACCGCCACGACUGGGCCAGCUUCGCCUUCACCUUGGACCUGUUCAAGUUCAUCGUCGGCACCUUCUUCGUCGAUGUGCUCUUCCACACCAAGGCCCAGGAUGAGGAACAAAUCCGUCCCAACUACGACCGGGGUAACGACCACUACGCCUGGUUCCUUGGCCCUCGCAUGAUCUACACCUCUGGAAUCAUCUCCGACCCCGAUCGUGAAGAAACCCUUGAGGAACUGCAGGAUAACAAGAUGGCCGUUGUUUGCGAGAAGAUCGGCCUCAAGGAAGGCGAGACCAUGCUGGACAUUGGCUGCGGCUGGGGUACCCUUGCCAAGUUCGCCAGUCUUAACUACGGCGCAAAGGUGACCGGUCUCACCAUUGCUGAGAACCAGACUGCCUGGGGUAACGAUGCUCUCCGCAAGGCCGGCGUCUCCGAGGAACAGAGCCGCAUUGUCUGCAUGGAUUACCGUGACAUCCCCCGCACGAAGUACGACAAGAUCACUCAGCUGGAAAUGGGUGAGCACGUCGGUAUUCGCAAGCUUACUGGAUUCUUCCGCCAGUGCUAUGACAUGCUUAACGAUGAUGGAUGCAUGUAUGUGCAGCUUUCGGGUCUGAGACAGGCUUGGCAGUAUGAGGAUUUCAUCUGGGGUCUGUAUCUGAACAAGUACAUCUUCCGUGGUGCCGACGCUUCCACUCCCCUCUGGUACUACGUGAAGUGCCUUGAAGGAGCUGGCUUCGAAGUCAAGGGUAUCGACACCGUCGGCGUCCACUACUCGGGCACCCUUUGGAGAUGGUACCGCAACUGGGUCGGCAACAUCGAGGCCAUCAAGGCCAAGUACGGUCCCAGAUGGUACAGGAUCUGGGAACUCUUCCUCGCCUGGUCCGUCAUCGCCUCCCGCCAAGGCUCCGCAACCUGCUACCAAAUGGUGGUGGUCAAGAACCUGAACUCGACGCACCGUAUCAGCGGAUUGGCCAGCCAGUUCGGUCUUAUGGGUGCUCUCGCUAAGAGCCGGGAGGCGGGCAAGUCCCGUCUGCCUUAAAGACUUGAUUUAAAUCGUCUCUGUGAGAUGAUCAUCAUCAUCAUCAUCAAUUGAUAUGCAACUGGAUUGGACGGAUACGUAAUGUUACGUUAUGUAUGAAAUAUGUUCAUGAAAUAUGAGGUGGAUGGUGGACAGAUGGUGCUUUUGGAUAUGAUGUGAUAGAAAGAUAUGAUUUAUGCACUAUGACCUAUCAUUUCCAGGGAGUUUCGCAGCGCUAAUCAGUUACUUACUGGAUGUGGUUGGCGUCUGCUAUAUUGGG